AUGGAGAGCUCCCACCGCCCUCCUCGCCGGCGGCUCCGAAGCCGUAAGAUGGAGAUCAGCGCCGAUGCAACGGUCGUCUUCGCCCGUGCUGUUCGGUCGGACCAAGACCCCGAACCGUCGGCCAUCGCCUUCUCGGAGAUGGAGUCGGUCAUGUUCGAGCUGGGCUUCAGCUUCAACCCGUGGAGCGGCAGCCGGGCGACGACGUUCACGGUUCGCGAAGACUUUGAGCUGCAGCCCGUCACUCUGCACUGCACUGAAGCAACGGCUCACCAAGACUUCGAAGACAACCAGAUCCUGGAGGUUUCUAAGAGGAUGAGACAUCAGGUUGGAUAG